AUGACCACUAUCCCCCAGGCCGGUACUCAUCGGCCUCCUACCUUUCCCACGUCUGCCACGCCCCAUAGACCAUUGAAGAGGCAAGCUUCUAUAACUACUAUUGGGAAGAUAGACGGCGAAAUUCUCAGACAUCCGGCAGAAGAGGACUCUGUCUCGAAAAGACAGAAGCGAGACACUCCCUUCUCAACUGCAAAUACAUCCAAUUCGCCCUCUCACGAAAUAAAUAUAGGCAAACCAACAGCAAACAGGCUCGCUCGAGCUAGGGAUACCAAGCGUCUGCCGCUGGAGCUGAUUGAUGGGUUUUUCGUUGGAUCAGAAGGAGUUCAGGAUUCGCAUGCCCAAUCUCCGGUUGGGGGUCGUUCUAGCCCACCAUCUCUUCCCCAGCGACCAUGGAAGCACAACUCGGUGGCCAGGAAGGUGAACAAGGGAGGCUUAAACAAUACGGGAGUGAGAAAAAGAGAUGAUAUCCAGGUCCAAAGUGUGCCUUAUAAGACCGAGCCCCCUCGAGACGCUCCCACGUUCAUGGCAGAUAAUAGAGCAGACUUUGCUCCCUGGCUCGGAAAUCAUCCGGAAGAUGUUUUGAAUGAGCAGACCGUCAAGCAUGGCUUUGUCGACAGGACACCAGUAUCACAAUAUGAGACGAAUACAGCAAGACAAUCUUUAUAUGGUCUCUUCAGGCAUAGAUCUGGGCUUCAAACUUUGUCCGCUCUCUUCGCGUCCGUUGUGGAAAAGCGAGAAGCCUAUAGCAAGAUGUCUCCGGGCUCUGCCUUCAAACCGCCUCCUCGUGUUACUCUGACUGAAGCAAAGAGAAGGGCGUGGCUUAGCGAUCUCGCUAACCCGGCUGUCCCUCUUCGGAAGUUGAGUCGAACUAUUCCACAAGGUAUCAGGGGUCAAACUCUUCUUGAUCAAUGCAUGGCGAAUAACGUUCCUAUUGGUCGUGCGCUUUGGCUCGCGAAGUGUGUCGGUGCGAAUGAAAUUCGCACUUUGAAAAGGAAAGGCACGAGUGGGGCCUUUGCCGCCGGAGCAGAGAUCAAAUGGCUACGGGAUUGGACAACUAAUAUUGAGCAGUUCCUGGAAAGUAGCAUGGAGCACAGCGGACAACCAGACUGGCGACCGAGGACUCACUAUUCUUUGAGUCUUGUCAUUCGGCUCUAUUCGGAGUGCCUGUUGGAUCGCGACCAUUAUCUGGAUUGGGUUGUAAAGUCCUUGUCCUCCGCUAGCCCAGUCUGCCUGCCGGUUUGGCUGAUGAUGGUGAAUCUCCAUAAACCAGACUUGGUGAAGCACCGCAAAAGAGGAAGAUCUCUUGCCGAAUACCUUCUCGAGAGGCUUUCUAAUGUGGCAGGACAUCCCCAGAGCCCAUUGACCCCUCUAGUCGGAAAAUUGAAGCACAUCUUGCGAUGGAUGAUCCAGUCUAACAUAGCAUGUUUCGUCAUGCCUCGAACAUGGAGCAAGUACAGAGAUGCUCUAGAGAGCUGUUUUAAUUCGGAUGUUGUGCCUGAUAAGAUUAUUCUGAAGCAAUUGGUGCAUAGGAAUGAGAGGCUUUCUUUUGCCUCCGGUCCAACGACGUCGGUACCGCGUACACCACGUCAAAUCGUCUUGCAUAUUCUUGACACAGCCAGCUCACCUUUCGACAUCCGCAAGAUCACGCAGGAUUGUCAGACUGCAUGCCAGGACGCCGAUGUGCUUAUCAAAAUUGUCCUGGAGUGGUGCUCGUCCCGUUUCCGUACCGGACAGUACAGAGUAUAUUUAGCCGUCCAGCUUAUCCGAAUCUGUCAAGAAGAGGCCGACGUCAACUCAGCCGUGACUGACUUUCUUGCGCUGCAGCAUACCCAGGUGUUCUGUGACGUUCGUUGCCUAAGCCUGCUUGUCUCGGAGUUGGUUCGGUCCAAGGUUUUUGCAUUGGGCAGAUAUCUGCAGUGGCUGACCGCCAGUGGAACUUUGCGGUGUGACUCUUUCCAGACAGAUUCCUCCGAUUUGUUCUCCCAUACCAACGAAGAUUCCAUGAAAGCGGAAGGCUCGCUAAGUUUCCGCCCUGCUCAAGUUCUCACUAUGGUUCCAUUAUCCAGUCUCAAGCCAUCUGUCAGAAACCUCAGAAACAUCUUGCUUGCUCAGGUUGGGUUCUCCGCUGGUUGCGAAGCUCAUUUGCUUGACUUCUGUAAGCGCCAUAUGGCUAUGCAACUGCCCCGAAUCUUGGGCUCUGAGGUCGAUCCAAUACUUGAUACUUCUGUUUGUGAUUUUGCGGAGCUUAGUCGGUCCACGAAAGUCGAGUUAGCCUUGUUUCUAAAACACCAGACCGAGUCGUUCACAACCCCAAAGAUAAGCUCAGGCGCCAAAGAUAAUGGUCAAAGUCCACCUACAUUGCUCAUUACCGAUGCUGAAUUUAGGCUGAUACGAAGACUUUGCGAAAACCUUGACGACUUGUCUGUUCUAGCAGACAUCAUAUCGUUGUGCACCUCCUCGGCCGAUGAAAUGUUGCUUGCAUCGAUAACGGAUACUGUCAGUUACCAUCUUGAUGCUUUCUCCGCUCUAGGGGCAUUUGAAGAUCUGCAUUCAGGGCUGUUCCAAGCAUACAUGUGCAUGCGUACAAACAGCGAAUUGCCUCGUCACUUUAUCGUCUCGUUGGUCUCACUUGGGUCGCUUGUCUCCAGUAAUCUUGUGUCACUUUCCAUACUUCAACAAGACCUGGCGAGAGGUGACAGAAGUCUUGCAGUAGCUGCCUGCUCCCCUGUGUCUGAUGGUAUGGCAGAAUCGUUGCAGCAAGCUGGUCCAAGCUUCAUAGAAAGAUUUGAAACCGUUCUCUCAACUGGUAAUCGGAUGGAAGAGCAGACGAUGACACAAUUGUUCAAUGUCCUGGCUCGGCGAUUAGAGAAAGGUCACUACCAGAUUCAAGCAGAGAACGAUGAGGUAUUGUGCGCUUUAUAUGCCCGUCUGAGGGUCUACCGCUUAGCACAGUUUGAGGCCUUGAUCGCCACGUGGCUGCGAAAAAUUCUUAAUACAGCCAACUCACGGGUAAAGCAGCUACUACCAGUUCUCAUCAGCACUAACUGCAUUUCUUUUGAAGCAUUUGUCGAUAUCCUUAUUGAGGCCAUGGACGAUAACGAGGAUCCCACCACUGAAGUCUUUCCGGUGCGUUCUCACCUCAUAGGCUUUCUGGCAAUGAUCGUCGCUGCGGAGAAUGGCUUAGACUCAGUAUCAUACAAGCUCAAGCUCGAAAACGCUCGACAUAUCAACACAAGUCCACACCGUGCCUUAGAAUUGCGGGCUAGAGCUGGGUUUGACAAUAAUUUAAAGGGCGCACAACCUUGGGACAAUCUACUGAUUAGACUUGUGCUGAGCGACGGGAAAAUUGACGCGUUGUCGGCAACAGUUUUUGAUGGUGCCCUCGAAUCUGUCCUUAAUGGUCUGCUUCGGUUGCCACGCGAUGUCUCAGUGUUUGAUUUCUCCGAGCUUGCGAAGAAUACAAAUGAUCUAUCAAUGCCUUUCUGCCGCCUUCGACUCCAGUUGUGGGCUGCUGCUUCUUCGCUUUCUUCUCUUGCAUCAGGACAAGAAGCCGUGGUCGAGACUCUUUUUGACCUUGCGAAAUCCGAGAGUGACAGCUCGUGGAUAUAUUACACCAAAGCGAUUGGCGUCGAAGCUGCGUCUAGACUCCGUGGGAAGGCUGAGGAAGCAUUCUUUGCGCUGCCAAUUAUCCCUCUUUCUGGACGAACGCCCUCAACGGCGCUGCCCCGAGCAGCUUACAUCGACCAGGCCGGCAAGUAUCUGAGAAUUGUGUCUUCAACAGCAUACAGCAUACCUCCAGGUGGAGUUCAGGGAAUCAUUUCCAUCCUGGUCGACAGGUUUGCCGUUGUGCUACGUGGACUAACUGGGGAAAAGACAGCAGCAAACAGCGACAACAUCAACCCGGUCACCACUCAACCUGUUGCAUCCAGCGAGGAGUCAGCACCCAGACGUUUCGGCCAUAUGAUCACCUACCUGACGCUACUAAUUCGGAUGACCUCCAUACAUCGAACUGGCUUUGUGUCUUCUCGUGUCGAACCCCUCUCCUUGCCAGUCGCGUCACAAAAGCAAAGUCAACAGGAUGUGGUGAAGAUUCUUGUUCUUCUGGUCAACAUUGCGCUACACCCUUCACUGGACGCUGAACCGUGUGUGGCAGGUCACAUCUUGGAUGUGGCAGCUGCGAUCGUGGACGACGCCUCUGAGGAAGUGAGGGCGCUCUGUGCACGAAUCUUGAAAGACAAGAUGCGGGACCAGCGGGCUGAGUACCUUUUCGGCAGCGCCAACGCCACUAAGGGCAUCGGUUCUCUGCAGCGCAAUUCUCAGGCAGGUUGGACCACCGACGGACUGCACAUCGUGAAGGAUGGCAAGAGAGUAGGUGAUUAUAGGUCUCGGAAUUGGGAGAUGCUCGAGGGCGGCGCGGAGGCUAGUAUCAGCCUUUCACUGUUCGAAACCAAGAGGGAAGUUUGA